AUGUCGCAAUCCAUACUCGUGAUAGUUGGCGCAGGCGGAAUCGGCGAAGCCAUUGCGCGUCGAGUUGGCCCCGGGAAAGAAGUCUUGCUAGGAGACCGUAGUAACACGCUCCUACAAGACGUCACGCAACGAAUGAAGCGGGAUGGCUUCAGAGUCACUCCUCAGCAUGUGGACAUAUCAUCACGCGAUUCAGUCAUUCAAUUUGCGAAAACAGCGCAGAGCCUGGGGCAGGUCAUGCAUGUGGCAGUCUCUGCUGGCCUUUCGCCGGUCUCGUCGACACGAGAGACGAUCCUUGGGGUCAAUCUGGCUGGUACUGGCUUUUGCAUUGCAGAGUUUGGCAAGCUCAUAGGCCAUGGGGGAACAUGCGUGGUAAUCUCAUCCCUUGCCGGCUAUACCUUGGCACAAGAUGUCCCCCACGAAGUAAUUCAGCAACUGGCGCGCACUAGCCCCAGCGAUGUUCUCGGGUCACCACUGUUACGGGAGACUGUACUGGAUCAAUGGUCGGCAUACGGCGUGUCCAAACGGGUCAAUUAUGUGCAAGUACAAGAUGCUAGCUUAUCUUGGGCCCGACAUGGUGCGCGUAUAAACUCUAUCAGCCCCGGCGCAAUACAGACCCCCAUGCUCAGCCUAGAAUCACAGGCCAGCAAGAAGGAUGUGGCGCAUGACUUGGCACAGAACAUCCCAUGCAAGAGAGUCGGAAGUAGCGGUGAAGUCGCACAUGUAGCUGCAUUCUUACUGGGAUCCGAGUCGAGCUUCGUCACUGGAACUGACGUCCUGGUUGAUGGUGGGGCACUAGCUUACCUUAGCAGAGAUAAUAGUAGCUCCUAG